AUGGCCCUGCCAAAUACUCCUCCAGCAGAUUAUCAGACGCCGCGCUUCCCAUCCCUGAACGUCCAGACUCUAUAUGACACCACCGCAGACAAACGAUAUACCCUCUACUAUGUCUUAGAUGUUUGGCGAUUUACUUUACUAUGGACGCUCAUUAUAUAUGCAUGCUUCCACAUGGGGGCAGUUCUGAUUGCCAUGUUUACCCACGGUUGGAAGAAGUCGUCUUGGAGAUAUCUAUGGGCAGUACCUGUCAUCUAUCUCGUUAUUGCUGGGCUUGAGGCUGUCAUGGCCGGGAGUAUUGUUGGCUUAGUGUUGGGAGCUGUUUACUCUGCUGGAUACUACGAGAUGAACACCUGGAUUCCUUGUACCUGGGGGUUCAUCAACGUAUUGGUACUCAUUAUUUCCUCUUUCUCAAUCCAAGGCGGACUUUGA